AUGAAUGCUCCGAAUACCAAGAAUUGGUGGACUGCUGAGGAAAAUGCUCGUCUUCAGAAUCUGCGACGGCAGUACGCUCACAGCGUGACUAUCAAGGACAUUGCCCGAGUAGUCCAACCUGAGUUUCCCGGCCGCAGCGUGAACUCCAUCUACGCCAAGUUGUACGCCAUGGAACAAAAUUUCCCCCGACCUCGCCAUGCGGCUGGAACUCGUCCGCUGAGCGACGAUGCGGACUCUGACCCCUCGGUAUCCGCGCCUGGUGCCUUGGACAAGCGUCAGGCUGCGGAUGAACUCUUACCUGCGCCUGAAACAGCCCGUCGUCGACUUGCGAUCCACAGUCCCGACCCUGGCUCUGAGGGAGUUGCGGAAAUACUGCCUUCCAGCGGUGGAGAUCCAGACCCGCGGCUACCUCCACACCAACCGUUUGCCUCUCUUCUUGGUCCUAAUACCUCCCUGGAAACUACCACGGUGCCACCCCAUGGAGCGAAUGCGCAGAGUCGCCAUAUGUCGGGACUGCAUCAGACAACCCAGUCAGUUGCUCCGCCGCCGCGCAUAAAUGGCCUUGGAAAUGAAAUGGGCCCACCACGCCCUUUACGCAGGCCGGCCUUGGCUCGCGGACGCCCACGCCGGGUGCCACAGGUUUCGGUGGUGCAGGAAUCUCCAGCUAGACAGACUCAGAACUUGCCGAGCACCCAAACUAUGGCUGGCAGUUCAAUCGAGCCGGCAAUAUUGACUGAAAUUCGCGAAAUGCGCGCAGAACUAGGCAGCAAGAUUGACGAUCUUGCAGCGAGUACCCGUCGGCAGCUACAUGCGCAAGAGCGUAGGAUCAUUGAUCUUACAGAGGUUGGCAAUGAUGCAUUGGCCAUCAGCGAGAUUGCGAGAGAUAGCUUGGUCGAUUUUGUGCAGGCGCUUAUAAAGGCUGGUCUGGUUCCGGAAUUGGGAAAUUGA